AUUGUAGACUACAGUCUUUUAAACAAAGUCUAAAGGGGGAAAGUGUCAAUUUGUUACAUCAACUUGGAGCUGGGGAGUAAAGAGUACAUCAAUCUCCAAUUGGGAGUAAACGGUACACAAAAUUGCAAAACGGGUCUAAUUUCGUCCAUCAGGUUAUUAGGGUUGCUAAAUUGCUGACCUGGCCAACGGAUUAAUGAUUUGGACAAAAAAAUUAGCCACCUCAGCCACAUCUGCUACGCUAGUAGUUACUAACCCUAACUAUUUGCUCGUUUGGGAAAUUUGAGGGAAAGGCUCGCAAGUAAAAGCGCAGAGAAGAGGGUUCAACACCCUAAUUCGAAGAUGGAGAUGGGGUCUUCUUCUAACGCCAGACAAACAAAGGAGGGUCCUACUACUGAACUUCCGUUCAUUGUUGAUCUGGGUUUUAAAGAUUCAAUUCUUGAGGCAGAAGCAGGUCUACUGUUUGAGGAUGAGGUAAAUUCUGAAAAUGAAGAUGAUGAGGAGUUAAUCCAUGCUAGGUUAUUGCUAAAGAAGCUGGUGACAAAUUCAAAGAUUGCUGGUAAAAGUAAAUACCACAAUACCACUGGCAAUGAAACAUUAGUUCAAGAAGAGGUAGGUGAAGAGGUUGAUUUAGAGGAUGAUGGUAAUGAGACAGAAUACUUCAGCUCAAGUGAUGAAGGAAGUUACAAAUCUGGUUGUGACAAUGAAGAGGAAGAUAUUGUAAGAGAAAAAUCCAGAUUUCCAAGCUUCAAACCAACUGACAAUGUUGAUUUUAAUUUGGGAAUGAGCUUUGAGUCAAAAAGUGAGGUUAAGGAUGCAGUCAAUAAAUACUCUGUGAGUAAGAGGUACCCCUUCUAUUGGGCUAAAAACUGCUCCACCAUGCUUAGGGCCAAGUGUUCAAAUUUGAACAAGACUUGCACAUGGAUGGCCUACUUUGGCAUUGAAAACAGAAGUAGCAGCAAGAAGUGGGUGAUGAAGACCUACCACCCGGACCAUACCUGCAAUCCAGGCUGGCAAAUUCCUAGUGCCACUGCAAAAUGGUUGGUGCAAAAUUUUUUCAACACUAAGCCUGGCGUGUCUGAGAUGAAAACCAGUGCUAUGAAAGAGAUGGUUAAAAGAGAACUCAAUUGUGAUGUAUCUCUGGAGCAAAUGAAGAAAGCAAAGUCAAUCAUAAGAAAGCAGGAAAAGGGAAAUAUAGAGGCUGAGUACAACAAUUUGGAGGAUUACAAAGCUGAAAUCCUGAGGUCUAAUGCAGGAAAUACAUGCAUAUUACAAAUUAAGCAGCCCAGUGAUGUUUUUGAAAGAUUUUAUGUAUGCUUUGAUUCAUGUAAGAGGGGUUUUCUUGAGGGUUGUAGAAGGUUAAUUGGGAUUGAUGGUGCAUUCUUAAAGUCUGAGGUGAAGGGAGAAAUACUCACAGCAGUGGCAAGGGAUGCUAACAAUCAAAUGUUCCCAAUUGCAUGGGCUGUUGUGGGGUCUGAGACAAAAGCAACAUGGAAGUGGUUUCUAGAGAAUCUAAGGGAUGAUCUACAGAUUGGAAGAGGAGCAGGUUGGGCAUUUGUUUCUGACCAACAAAAGGGCUUAAUGCCAGCUUUGUAUGAGACUCUACCAGAGGUUGAGCAUAGAAGAUGUGCUAGGCACAUUUAUGCCAUUUGGAGAAGAAGCCACCCUGGUAUUGAAUUGCAAAGGCAAUUUUGGAAGUGCUGCAAGGCUGCCUCCAAAAGAGAGUUUGAACAGAAUCUUGAGGGUCUGAAAUCUCUUUCUCCUACUGCUCAUGAAGAUAUACUGAAGGUAGAUCCCAAAUUUUGGUGUAGAGCAUUCUUUGAUAGGAGUAUAAAGUGUGAAACUGUUGAUAACAAUCUUUGUGAGGCUUUUAAUGGAGCAAUAGUGCCUGCAAGAUCUCAGUUAGGAUACUCUCAGUUGGAGUACAUUAGAAAGUUGGUAAUGCAAAGGCUAACCAAGAAUAGGGACUUAGCUGAUAAGUGGGUUGGUCAGUUAGGCCCUAGAAUUAGGAGAAGGAUAAAUAACAUCAUUAAGGCAAGCAAUUAUUGGAGGGUGCAGUUUAAUGGGGCUGAUGGUUAUGAAGUGUCUUGUGGUUCUGACACCUAUCUAGUUGACUUGGCCAAUAGAAGUUGUUUGUGUGAGCAGUGGGAUGUGUCUGGGAUUCCUUGUAAACACGCCAUAUGUGCAAUUAGGUACAAAGGUCAUCCUAUAGAGGAUUAUGUGUCUAAUUGGUACAAGAAGGACAUGUAUAGGCAUACAUAUUCUUUCAUGAUGACACCUUUAGCUGGUCCAUUAUUCUGGCCUAAAACAAACAUCAAGGUCUUACCUGCUGCACUAAAAGAAAAAGAACUAGGCAGGCCCAAGAAGAAUAGGAUCAAGGAAUUAGGUGAGUUUCCUAGAAGUGGCAAGCUACCCAAGAGAGGUACAACAAUUACUUGCCAGUUAUGCUUCAAGAAAGGACACAACAAAAAAGGGUGUCCUUCAAAAGAGCAAAUACUGCAUGGAAAUUCUACUUUUCCUUCUGAUGACCUUGAAGGUGGAAGUUCAAACCCAACACAUGUCAGUUCAAACCUAGAAGAGGAAGCCAAUGGUCCUACUGAACCUGCAGCACAAGCAAAUGUUGGUGGUAAUACACUGCAUGCAUAUUUUACUGAAAACCAAAGCUCAGAGGACACAGGUGCUGAUGGUGUAUUCCAAUGGAGAGGAAAUAAAGCAAUUACUGCUACAGGUUUGGAGAGACUGAGAGCAAGAAAUGCAAAAGAAAAGAAUGCCAAUGCUGUAAGAUUAAGGAAAAGAGCUGCUGAAGAGGUGGAAUUUCAUGCUGAUGCCACAACUGCAAGACAGAGGUUCCAUGCUUUGUAUGACUCCAUGGAAGACAAUGAUGGGCAGUAGUUAGCUUAUGUAAUAUAUGGGAAGAUCCUAUUGCCAUUUUUUGCAUAAUAUAUGGGCUUGUAAGGAUCUUAAACACUACAACAUAUGUAUAUGGGCUUGUAAGGGUCAUUUGCAAGUUUUUUUGUGUUCUUUUUACUUGCAUAUGAAAUUCAGGUGAUUUAGUAGGAUUAAACUUGAAACAUGUAUGUAUUAAACUCAAUGCUUUCAGUUCAUGGGCUUUAAGUUCAUGUAUUUUGUCAAUGAAGUAUCAGUUAUUCAGUUCAUGACUUCA